GGCAGGGCAGCCCCCGCCGCCAUGCCCAAGGAGCGGCCGCUCUGGCGGGGCCCGGCUUUCCGCCUCUGCCUGCUCUCCGCGGCGCUCUUCCUCUGCCUCCAGCUGGGCAUGAGGCGAUCCUGGUGUCCGGAGGAGAAGCCCCGGGAUCGGGCGGUGGCGGCGGGGCGGGCGCCCCCCCCGCCCCGCGGCGCGGAGCAGCGCCCGGGCGCGGCAGCGGCUCUGGGGGGCAGGCGGCGGGUCACCUACGUGCGGAGCGGGCGGCGGGGGAGCGCCGCGCCCGCCUGCUGCGCCCUGCAACCCCCGGGCGGCCGCCGCAGGAAGACUGUAAGAUGGCACGUUGAACUACAACCAUGGGCAAGUCCAACUCCUUCCCUUAACUACGAGGCAUUGAGGUUCCUAAAGUAUAUUAGCACUUCUCAGAUUUCAUGUGAACAUAUGAACCUGAACAGCCUGAAGGGGUACUCUGAAACCUCAAAAAAGCCCUGGUCGAUCUGUCUUGAUGAGAGGUUUAGCCUCAUUCACCGAAUCAGAAGCAAGCAAUGCCGUCUGUAUUCACUUGGGCUAGGCAGUGAUGACAACCAGUUUGAGGUCGGCAUGGCCAACAGUGGGUGUGAGGUGCAUCGCUUUGACCCCAGCAUCAAGUCAGCGCACAUCCAGGAGGGUCGGCACCUCUGGUACCAUCGCCUGUCCAUUGACUGGAGGGAUCCCAAUCCAGCCAUUGCUGCUCACAAGCUUCACAGCAACACAAAGAAGCUGGGCACAAUAUUGAAUGAAUUUGGACAUCAGAAGAUUGAUGUCCUCAAGGCAGAUGUGGAGAGUGCUGAGUGGAAAAUUUUGGAAAACCUGAUCCUGGAAGAUGUUGUUGAGCAGAUAGGACAGCUGGUCUUUGAGGUGCACAUCCACUGGCCUGGAUUUGAAGUUAGCGGCAAUGACAGCACGGUGGUGCGGUACUGGUACAGUCUGCUCCGAGAACUGGAGCUGAAGGACUUCAGGCUUUUCUAUACCUACAAAGACUUAUCAAAACCACAGAUGUUCCUGAAGAAGAAAGCCUUCAACGCCAGUAGCUGUUACACACUGAGCUGGGUAAAUACAAGAUGGAAAUAGCAGAAAGGAAUUUAUGAUGUGUGACUGCGAGGCAUCUGGCCCCGGAGCAUUACUGAAGAGGACUUUGGCAUCACUGGCUUAGGUUGCUAAAUUUGUACGUAGUGACUGCUAACAAAAUGGCCUGGCUUUUUUAAUUAUACAUUGUCAAAAGACCUGGCACUAGGAGAAGAUACAUGGUGCAGAUCUGUGUAGCAACAUAUUUGCCAGUGGGUACGCUGUCUCAGAGGACAGAGGUUUCUGUAAAGGUUUGCCUGGGCAAGUUAACAGCAAGGCUUUUCCAGGCUGCCCCAUGCUUGAGCAUGCCAGCAAGGUGGGGCUGCCCUGGGAAGGUGUGCUGGCUCAGCUGUGCCAGCCCUUGGGCAGGGGAGUGCUUCUGAGGAGGUGCCUUUCUAAGAAACGGUCAAGUGUUACUUCUCUGUAAAGCAAUUGUCUUUGACUUGCAGCUUCUUUACUUUGGCUUUGUUUCCUAUGGAACAAAUUUUAGUCAAGAACAGUAUGUUCUUGAACCCACUGGCAAAUUUCAGCUGAUUUGGGCAGAGGCAGAAUUCAGCACCAAACUAAAUUUCUACCUAUUUCGUUGAGCAGCUUCUAGGUGCUCUGACUUUGGCUCUUUAAGCUAGUCUGGCUGCAUGAAGCGAGUUCAACGCUUCUGACACAGGAGACGGUGGGACAGAGACAGCAGCUGGAUAAGCUGCUGCCAGUGCUCCCCCUCCUCACCCUCCAUAGUCUUCAGCCACAGAAGAAAGGGCUUCCCUAGUUCAUCUGCUCAAAAUCCAGCUUGAUUUAAAUUAGUCAUGCAAUGGCUGCAGCAAAUGGCUUUUCAUCUAGCAAGAUGUUACGUAAAAGAGAUGAAAGUGAAACCUGGUCUUUUUGUUUGUUUGUUUCUUUUGAACCAUUUGCUGAUGCCUUCUCCAGUGCUGUGCCUGGACACCUGCACCUCCUCAACACCUCGCUGGCCCAGCUGCCUGUCCCUGGCACAAAGAGGCCAGACCCUGGAUCUGCACCAAUGCUGGCAGAGGUGGUGGCUCAGGCAGGUGCCCUGGUCUGCUGCUGGGCUGGGGCUCUGCAGGCUGGGAUGUGGAUUGUCUGCAGUGUACCCCCAAGGAGCCAGCCUUUGGCAUUUCCUGGGGAGCUAAGAAAUGGGGGGAGCUAAAAAAUAUAUAGCAGAUUGGGGUUUUUCUUAUUUUUAAAAGAAUUUUGACAUUAAACUUUGCAUUAAAAUACAAUAUGUCACCA